UGUCACUAGUGUGCCUAACCAUUAGGAGCACCAGACCAGACGUCACAUGAUAGGAACGGGCGUGAGUGCGCUUUCCUUUUAAUCUUUACGUGAAAUGUUCUUAUUUUAAGGGAUUCCUAUAUUCUGCAGUUGACUUAUGCUUUAGAGUCUGAACGCAUUUAUUCUAUCGCGUUUGCUUUGAGUGUUGUGCGACGAACGAGGGAACCAAAAAUACCGCGAUGAGAUACAUUUUGGGUACUACUUUCGCGACCACUGCCUCUGCUACAAUUGCAGUCUUGGUACUGUACCAUGUAUUUACUGGGAAAGGAGAACGUGUUAGUAUUGCAUGGUUUUUGGAAAAUUCCUCUCCAUAUAUGUGGGCAACUCUUGGUAUAGGACUUGCUGUUGCUCUGUCCGUGGUUGGUGCUGCAUUAGGUAUUCAUACGACCGGUGUGUCGAUCGUAGGAGGUGGUGUCAAAGCUCCAAGAAUUAAAACAAAGAAUUUAAUCUCUGUAAUAUUUUGUGAAGCUGUGGCUAUUUAUGGGUUGAUCACAGCCAUCGUUUUAUCAGGAAUGUUGGAACAGUUCGAUUAUAGAAAAGCACUUUUAGAUGAAUCUAUUCGCAAUCAGAAUUGGCUCGCUGGAUAUUUAAUGUUUGGAGCAGGUUUAGCUGUUGGUCUUGUCAAUCUGUUCUGCGGCAUAGCUGUGGGCAUUGUAGGAUCUGGAGCAGCUCUCGCAGAUGCAGCCAAUUCUGCUCUGUUCGUCAAAAUUCUUAUUGUUGAAAUUUUUGGUUCUGCCAUUGGUCUUUUUGGAUUAAUUGUAGGCAUUUACAUGACAUCUAAGGUGAAAAUGGGAAAUAAAGUGUAACUUAAGGGUGAAAAGAAGUGCUGCAACCAUAAAGUAUUCUUUGGAAUCACGAAAUUCCAUUCCAUGUUUAGUAACCGUUACAAAAAAUAUAGGGAAAAUGAUAAUGUGUAAACAUUUCUUUGGUUGAAACCCAUAUAAAAGAACAUACCGUGACAGGUUGGUACAUCAUCUUCAUUUUGGGUAAAUGUAAUUUUGAUACAAAUAGAUUUUGAUUUAAUAGAUUGGGUAUCAUGAUCUCUGUGUAUUAACCAUGUGCAUAAAUAUCAGGUUUUAGUAGUAUAAAAUUUAUUAUUGUACAACCGUUAUUUAUGUAUCGUAUUUUGAGUGUGUUAUAGCGCUCUCUUACACGAAACAUUUCAUGUAUAUAUAUUUUCCAACAGAAUUGUUGUAUUGAAUAAGAAUAAUGUUAUAUUAUACUUACUUACACAUGUUGCACAUAUAUGUAAAAUAUAGUAUUACAAUCUUAUUUAUCACCGCAAUUCAUUUUACAACAUAAUACGAAGAAAAUAGGCCUUUAUUAUUUUAAUAAGAGUAAAAAAGUUCUCAAAGACGAUAGAAAAAAUAUAUAGUUGUGUAUAUAAUCAACAAUGGUCAAAAUUCAUAUAAAUGAAAUGUGUAUGAUUAAUGAGAUUCAAUUCAAUACUGAUACUGAUUGCAAAUAUGCAACAGUGCCAUCAUCUAAGUUAAUAUUUGAUAAAUGUUAUUAAAUGCCUGUUCUAAACACUUGACAUACUCAUUAGAAUCACAGUGUGUGUUAUAACUUGUUACAACAGCUCCCAGUCUUCGAUCUUGUAUCAUGUAUCUACAUAUUAGAUAAAAAUAUUAUAAAUAAAAUUUCAUAAAAUCAAUUUA